AUGCCUCGCCCAACGUUCUGUCCACUGCUCAUAGCACUCGCACACAGCCUCCUGUCGCUGGCCAGUGCAGUAUCCCAGGCUCCAAAGGGAGGUUUCGAUUCUCCGGUCUCGCUCGCAUCAGAAGUCGUCUCCAUUGAUCUCGAUGCUCGGGCGAUAACCAUGGAUUGGUUUCCCUUGCUCGAGGGCAACUGCUCUGAGUUGAGCAACGAUCCCACAGUGGUCGACAUCUACCUCCACCCAAUGCUGAUGCACCAUUCCAGCCCAACUUGGCGACCAGAUACACUGCAUCCGCCAGUGUUCAGGCUGGACAGUGGGGAUCUCUGCCCUGUUCGCUUGUGGCCUGGCGAGGUUUCGUUCAGGACUGUGACCAAGUUAUUUCCGGUCGACUCCCGAGUGACGCAGGCUCCCAAGGCUUUGAUAUCUCGAUCUCUCUAUCGUUACCCUAGGGAAAGGGUCAGAGCUCUGUUCGAAUUUAGCGUGAACGACACUCAAACGGGGCGGAUUUCAGCGCUGACUGUGUACAACCUCACUACGUCCAUUCUGAACUUUGAUAUCCAACUCGACAGUGCCUAUGUCAAGCCUGGACCCCGUUCGAGGGACAGCAUUUUGGCCUUUUCCUUGGUUAUCACGAGAUCUUCCUCGACCCAGGUUAUUGUCUACGUGACAGCAAUCAUAAUCUCCGCUCUCACCUUCCUGGAGUUUACGCUGAGUUCGGAACCCUACUCGAUGUACUUGUGUUUCUCCCAACUACUCUCAUACUGA